AUGUUCAUUGACGACCACUCGUAUGCUCGACUUGUAUUCUCGAGUACAGAAAGAAAUUGCCACCACAUCUCCCUGACAUCACCCACCAGCCACCAUCAUCAGCAAACAAUGAGCAGUACAAGUUUCAGCACCAUCGGAAUUGGAGGAGAACUUACGAGCAGAAAUACAUUAUCUACCUCUCAUGUACCAAUGAACAAUGAAGAACAUCGAGUGCUUCUGAAUAGUAAUUCUUCAAGUAAUGACGAUGAAGAAUUGUUGUCCAUCAAAAUUCCUUCUUCUUCUUCAACAACAACAACCACUAUUCCCAACAACAACCAGAGCAUGAUGAACCAUCAUCAUCAUCCUUUGAACAACAAUAACUUUUUUGAGACAACAACACCAUCAUCAUCAUCAUUCUUUUCGGAGCAGUUCAUAGCCCCGAGUAGUACCAGUAGCAGCAAGAUGGCCAACACCACCACCACUUCGACUACUGAUCCACAUCAAGCUGCCAUCUCCUCUUAUGAUGAUGAUGAGAAAUAUCAUGGUCUUAAAGAAUCGACCAAAUUAUUAUUCUUUGAUUUGACACAUUUACCUUCAUACAUUCAAUUCAUAUUACCUGCUUGCUUUUUAACUUUUUGUUUCAUGGUUUCUGGUGUUACACAAGAAUCAAUAUUUACCACCUAUAAGGGAUUUGAUUAUGGAUUCUUUUUGACUCUGUGCCAAUUUGCUGUUUAUGCAUUCUUUGGAGCCAUUAAUCGGAGAUUGUCACUUGUGAAUUCAUCUUCUUCCAGUAUACUACCAGUACUAAGGAAUGAUGAUGCAUCUUCUCCUGUCAUGAACAACACUGCCAACCAUCAUCCAUCAUCACUCACUACACCUCAGAAUGAAGUAUUAACACCAUUAUCACCUGUGAGUGCUCAUGUCAAUCGUUUGGAAGGAGACGACAUGGAUGUAGACUCUUUUAGGACUACUUCAUCCAAUUACUUGAAAUAUUCAACACUUCCAACCUAUCAAAAUAACACCAUUGUGGUGAAUCACAUUUAUCAAACACCUCCUCCUUUGAAAUAUUAUUUCAUGUUAAGCACUUUUCAAGUCAUUGGAAUGGGAUUAGGAAAUGAAUCGAUGGCUUAUCUGAAUUAUCCUACAAAAAUUUUAUUCAAAAGUUCCAAAUUAUUAGUGACCAUGUUUGUUGGAGUUUUAUUAUUGAAAAAGAGAUACAAAUAUUUAGAUUAUGUUGCAUCUUUAUUCUUAAUAUUUGGAUUACUCACUUUAUAUGGAACUAAUCAAAGUGUUUCUAAUAUCAAAUUUGAAAGUAUUGGAGUUUUACUCAUUACAGGUUCUUUACUCUUUGAUUCCAUUUCUUCAAAUUUACAAGAAAAGAUUUUAAGAGAUUUAGAACGAAGUGAAACUGAAUUGAUUUAUUUUGCAUACAUGAUUGGUACCUUCUUUCUAGUAUUUAUUUGUGCCUUUACCAAUCAAUUAAUUCCACCCAUUGCAUAUUGUAUGGAACAUCCAUCUAUUUUAAUCAUGAUUUUUAUUUAUUGUUUUAUUAGUUAUUUAGGUUCAGUCUAUGUGAAUAAGAUUACAAAGAGAUAUGGAAUUCUCAUUACUCUCACAAUUACAAGUACUCGAAAAGUAUUGAGUAUUAUAUUGAGCUAUAUUAUAUUUCCUAAACCUAUUCAUUUCAAUCACACCAUUGCAAUCAUGUUGGUAUUCACUGGAGUUUUCAUUCGAGUAUACUGUAAACAAAAGAAGGCUAUUGAUCGAUCUUUGAACUCUUUCAUGAAUCGAAUGAUGCAAAUAUUCAAUACUACUACUCGUAGUAGUACUAGUAAUGGAAUGAUCAAUCAUCAUGAUCGAUUCUUCUCUCAUCGUUAUUUCAACAAUGGUAGUAUUGGUGGUAUUGGUAGUAGUAGUAAUAUUGGUACUGGUACACAGUCAUCCAUGGAUAAAUGUGAGGUGUGA